AUGCAACAACAGUCUCUCUUUCAGGGCCCCUUUCACGCUCAUUCCAACGCAUCCUCUUCCAAGACCAAUAUCGCAAUCAUUGGAGUUUGUGAACAUCGAAUUAAUUGCAUUAUCGGAGUGAAUCCAAACGAGAGGAUAGAACCUCAGGAUAUUCUCAUUGAUAUUGAAGUGGAAUUUGAUAUCAGUAAGGCUGCCCUCUCCGAUUCCGUAAAUGAUACUUUGAGUUAUGUGGAUUUGAGAAAUUUAUCAACAGAAUUGGCUACCACGAGACAAUAUCAAUUAUUGGAAACGUUUUGUGUUGAAUUUGUGAAUCGGGUGGAGAAAGAUUUUGGUCCGAAGGGAGCCCUGAGUUGUUUCAUUCAAAUUAAAAAACCACAGGUGAUGCAAACGACCAAGUAUCCUUAUGUUUCAUUAAGAAGAAGUUUUAUAUGA